ACGCACACCUACGCCGACGUAACUCUUUCGCCGCCGUGUUCGUCUGGCUGUUCGUCUCGUCGGUUUUCAGUAAACGUUUUCUUUUACUUUUUUUUCUCUCUCCCCGUCGCCCGUGUCAAUCGAACAUGGCCAAUCCCAAAGUUUUCUUCGACGUGACCAUCGACGGACAAUCGGCCGGCAGGAUCGUCAUCGAAGUAAGUGCCCGCCGCCUGCGUACUCCUCGCGUUCGUCCGUUGUCUACAGUUUUGCGGGUCACCCUGCUCCCGCCCCCUCCGUCAUCUCGCCGUCGUCCGGGAAAACCGUUCGCGAAUAUUCUACACGAGCGCGCGUGAAUGACGGCCACCCCGCCUCUCCGUAAUACUCGACCCCGGCCCCGUGCCAUUUGAACGGCGGCUAUUGUUGGUGUGUUCGAUACCUCGUGGGUAAUGACCACCGGCAACACGGUACCCGUGUAAAACGAAAGUGGCCCGCUUUUGGGAAUUAUUUUUCUCGAGAAAUGCGGUCGCCCCGUUUCUAUUAGAAUUUUUCGUUGCCCCAAACGCAUUCAUGAUGUCGGCCCACCUCGUAUUUUUCCUUUGGGUCCAUUUUAAUACCACUUCGCGCUUGUUCCUACUUAAUACGGUGAGAGGCGUUCGGAUGGAGUGCCGAAAUAUUCAAUACCUAUUGACACUAAAGUAAUUUUACCCACGUAUAUUGUUUGCGUAACUCUGUUGCCUGCGUUCUACUGGUCUAUAGUAACCAUCGAUGGAUCGUUACUCAUUACAUUGUAGACCGUUGGUGUAUCGAGUUUGUUUAACAAAUUAUAAUUUCUAUUGCCCUUGUUGAAUGGUUCAAUUUGUUACUUUGUAUAUGUGCGUUAUACGCAGAUAUUAAAUACUUACCGUGUAUUCGUCUUGGAUACGACAUACGUGGUAGAUUUAUAUUAAUUUAUUGAAGUUAUGAAUUCUGAAAAUAUAAAUCUAUUCAAAUCUAAUAAAUUGCAUAACUCUUUAUUUGUAUUUCAGUUACGAAAAGACAUAGUGCCGAGAACUGCCGAAAAUUUCCGUAGUCUAUGUACCGGUGAAAAAGGUUACGGCUACAAGGGUAGCAUUUUCCACCGUGUCAUACCCAACUUUAUGUUACAAGGUGGAGAUUUUACCAAUCACAAUGGUACUGGAGGCAAAUCUAUUUAUGGUGCCAAAUUUGCUGAUGAAAACUUUACCCUUAAACACACAGGGCCUGGUAUGGAAAUAUAUAAAAUAUAUUUAUUUGUUUGAAAAAAUUGACUUUAAUUAAUAAUUAACAUUGACGUAAUUAACUUUGUUAACACUUUCAUUCUUUAGGUGUUUUGUCAAUGGCUAAUGCUGGACCAAACACCAAUGGUAGUCAAUUUUUCAUCACAACUGUCAAGACUUCUUGGUUAGAUGGUAAACAUGUAGUAUUUGGAACUGUUACCGAAGGUAUGGAUGUUGUAAAAAAAAUAGAGUCUUUUGGAACUGAUACCGGAGAGACCAAAAGGAAGGUUAUUGUAGCCAACUGUGGAGAACUUUAAUAAUUUUUUUCACGUAUUCCAUUCUUAAUAUUUUCAUUUAAACAAAUUAAUGACCAUUAAUACUAUUUUCAGUGAAUGGGAACAUUCCAUCCUUUUUAAUUAUUAUAUAAUUAACUUUUUUAACUGUUAUUUUUUUUUUCAAUUUAUAUAUACUUUUGUUUAGAAAAUUAUAACAAGCUGAUAAUAAUUUUUAGAUGAAAAAAACAGUUUAUUUACUAUUAUAAUUCUUUUCAAACGUGUUUUUCAUCUAGAGUGUUACAACAGUGGCUAAAAAAAAUUAAUAAAUUAUAGAAACUAAAAUCUAAUGAGUUGUUUUAUUUUGUAUGACUAACAAAUCCUUGCUAAUGGUUAUAAAUUAUGUUUU